AUGCUUACCAUAAUCUGUUAUUUCAACAGCUUCGUCAGAUAUUUCAUCAACGAACUCAUCGAAAUGAACAAAACACCUUACCAAAUGUUUUACGAGGAGUUCUAUGAAAAGUUUGUAUCCGGAUGGAAUUGUACAGAGUGCUACAGAAGAUAUAAAGAAUUUGCGAAGGAGAAUGAAUUCUUUGCAUGUAGUUCAAAUGUAUUUGGUGGCAAGAUGAGAGAAUUUGUGAAGAGAAGUAGAAAGCGAGACGGUUCUGCAAGAAGUUAUAUUUACGAAGCAAGUAUGAUAUUAGAAGGUCGUGGAAAGAAAGAAACAGUGAAUUAUGAGGAAGUGCUUGAAAAAUUCAUGGAGUACAUGGGAAGCAAUAUAACAUACAACAAAGACAUAUACAGUGAGUUUAAGUACUACUGUGAACAGCAUGAGAUUGAAGUAAUGAGUAAAGGAGACUUUGAAACGCUUAUGAAAGACAGUAAGGAGGUCGUUCAUGAGAACAGUGUUGAAAUAGUUCAUGAGAACAGUGAGGAGGUCAUACAUGAAUGCAAUAAUGAAAUAGUUCAUGAGAACAGUGAGGAGGUCAUACAUGCAAUAAUGAAAUAG